AUGUUAGGUGCAGAAUGCUUUUCUGAUCAAAUUCAUCCACGGAAUUCUAAUUUAACUCUUCAAAAUUCUGUAUUUGGAUACAUUGCUACCGGUGUACAAGUUGGUUCAAAUUCUGGCAAUACGAUUCAGUGCGGAUUUAUGAGAGUCGAAGAAGACUUAAAUUCACUAAUCAAGACUUUUUGGGAAAUUGAGGGUGUUACAGAAUCUCUCAAAAUAAAAAAUAAAGAAGAAGUAGAAUGUGAGGAGCAUUUUGUGAAAACCCAUCAGAGGGAUAUUGAGGGUAGAUAUGUAGUGACUCUACCAUUAAGGCAAGAUGUUCAUUUGGGUGAUUCUUCGCAAUUGGCCACCCAACGGUUAAAUAAUUUGUGGAAGAGACUAGACAAAACCCCUGACAUGUCUAGGAUGUAUUGUGAGUUCAUGAGUGAAUAUGAAGCGUUAGGGCAUAUGCAAAAAAUGCAGAGUGUGUCGGAAACUCCUAAAUACAUAAUGCCUCAUCAUGGUGUUUAUAAGGCAGAGAGCAGUACAACUAAGUUAGGAGUGGUAUUCGACGUAUCGGCUCCUUCAUCGUCUGGUUUUUCAUUAAACGACUGUUUGAUGAAUGGAGGUAUAGUUUAA